CAUAUAGACCGUGAAAAAGAACGGCAAAAAAGUAAUGGUGAGCUGAGGUAAGAGCUUAGUUAGUCCCUCUCUACCUCCCCAAACAAGAAACCAAUGAGAUCAGCAAGAACCCUUUUCUUUGCCGUGCGGUACACAACACAGGAAGGGACAGAGUUAGCCUGGUAAAAAACACACGCAUUCGAAAUUAUUCAAAUCCUUGCAUACCUCACAUAGCGACCCUUUUGUUCUUUUUUACUCUUACACCAGAUCAAAGUGCAAAAGGCCAUGACCAAAGAUGAUCGAAACUUUGGUAAUAAAAUAAACCCCAUAUGGCUCAUAAUAUUCAAUAUCAUAUUUCUUCGUUCACAUGUAGUAGUUGUAGUUUCCACUCUGCCACCACCAUAACUAUUUAUCCACCUUCAUGUUUCUUAGUCCUCAUUCAUUUUCUUUACUCGCUUCUUAUUUUCAACCUAGUCUCCUCACCUUCUUCAUCAAAAUUCUAAUUCUUGAGUUUCAAACUUCGGAAUAGAAGACCAUGUCUUCCAUGUUAGGCUCACAGGGCGUGGUCUUGGCGACGGCCAUGGCCGUCUCCGGCACUGUCCUCCUCCUCGCUUUUCGCCUUCAGAAACCGACUGAUCACCACCAAAUUUCUCAGUCCUCCCCCCAAAUUCUACGAUCUUGUAUCUCUUCCGAGAAGAAGAGGAAGAACAAGAAGAAGAGAGUGCACUUUGCAGAGGACGUGGUGGAUCCAACUGGGGAUGGAGCAGAGUUCAGAAGGCAGAUCAUAGCUGCUUCUUCUUCUUCCUCAUCGUCAUCAUCAGCAUCAGCAUCACUAAACUUCAAGAAGACUAGUGGAGGUGCUCAGAAAUAUAAAGGAAUGCCAGCAAACCGAGUGGCUCUCUAUAAUGGAAUGCUCAGGGAUCGUGUAGUUCAUCAUCGAUUGGCCUACUCCCACUGAUCAUCGAUCAUCAUUCUCUCUGUAUAUUUCGGGGUUAAUUUGAUUAGUUGUGUAUAAUUAAAGAUUAGUCUUUUGUUAAAGUUUGUAAAUUAUUUUUCUUUUCUGAGGUUACAAGGAAUAUUCGGAAGGGUAUCGUAAGUAAAUGAUGGGCCCAUAGGUUUUGGUAGUUCUUGCCGUUUUUAUGUUUGUUAUAACAUGAUUAGGUGCAGGAUAUGGUUGCUCCUUCAAUAGAAAAACUCUUGUUCAUAUUCAUAUCUUGUUGGAAUUUAGUUGUAGGGUUGAAAUCAAUGUAAAUAGAAUUCCUUUUAAUCUAUCGAG